AUGGCUCAAGGCGUAAGAAUGCCUCGAUUAUUGUUUGAUGUAGUAUCCCGGAGACGACUUUAUCUCGAUAGAAAUAACGCUGAAAAUUCCGAUGGUAAAAUCGUAGGAGGCUACAACACCACUAUACAGGAUGUUCCUUACCAAGUGUACCUACUGCUGCAGAUGGGUACCGAUUACUAUCAGUGUGGAGGUUCCAUCAUAAGCGAGAGAUACGUUUUGACAGCUGCCCAUUGUCUUACAGGGAUAACGCGAAUUUACGUAAGAGCCGGCAGUACUCUAGCUAUGAGCGGGGGCACCCAGUACAACACCACGAGAUUUAGACAGCAUCCCUUUUAUAAUCCAAUGAAUUUCGAUUACGACGUUGGUCUGGUAAAUAUUCCCGGUGGAAUAGCAUUGGAUGGAGUUAAUACAAAAGCGGUUCCAUUACCGAAAGCUGGAGCCACAAUUGAAAAUGGUACAAAUAUCCUUGUUACUGGAUGGGGAGAUACUACUGAGAAUGGUCAAGUAAGCCCAAAUUUAAUGGGCGUACAAGUGCCAACAGUAUCUAAUGAUGAAUGCCGCAAGUCUUACUCCACACUUACAGCUCGACAGUUCUGUGCUGGUGUGCCCGAGGGAGGCAAGGACUCUUGUCAGGGUGAUUCCGGAGGUCCAGCAGUAUCAACAGAUACGGGAAUUCAACUCGGAACCGUUUCGUUCGGAACAGGCUGUGCUCGACCAGGGAUUCCUGGGGUGUAUGCUAAUUUAGCCAAAUCUUAUUUUGUAAUCCCAAUUUUAUUGCUUUGUUUAUUUAUAGAAGAUGUAGUAUCCAGGAGACAUCAUUAUCGUGGUAAAAGUAGUGACGUUAUGAAAUCUGAUAAUAAAAUCGUAGGAGGCUACAACACCACUAUACAGGAUGUUCCUUACCAAGUGUACUUACUGCUGCAGAUGGGUACUGAUUACUAUCAGUGUGGAGGUUCCAUCAUAAGCGAGAGAUACGUGUUAACAGCGGCGCAUUGUCUCACAGGUAUAACAAGAAUUUACAUAAGAGCUGGUAGUACUUUAGCUGACAGCGGUGGCACCCAGUAUAAUACUUCUAGAUAUAGACAGCACCCAUUUUAUAACCCAAUGAACAGCGAUUAUGAUGUUGGUAUCAUAAAUGUUCCUAAUGGAAUGACAUUAGAUGGUGUUAAUACAAGGGCUGUUCCUCUACCAAAAGCUGGAACUAAAAUUAAUAAUGGUACCAAUGUUCUAGUGACUGGAUGGGGAGAUACUACAGAAAACGGUCAGGUUAGCGAAAAUUUGAUGGGCGUGCAAGUACCAACCGUAUCUAAUGAGGAAUGUCGCAGGUCUUACUCCACACUUACGUCUCGACAGUUUUGUGCCGGCGUGCCCGAAGGAGGCAAGGACUCUUGUCAGGGUGAUUCCGGAGGUCCAGCAGUGGAAACAAAUACUGGAACUCAACUCGGAAUAGUAUCCUUUGGAUCGGGUUGUGCUCGACCAGGGACCCCGGGAGUUUAUACUAAUGUAGCCAAAGUUAGAAGAUGGAUUAAAACGAACUCGGGCGUCUAAGUCCAUCCACAACUGACUUUAUCUAAGAAUAAGCACUUCAGUGUAUUAAAAUUUUUAGUUAAUUUUUAUAAAGUUCUCUGUAGAAAAAUGUGCUAUGGAUCAUUUUGUUAAUUUAUUGAUCUUUUAUU